GUCAGUGUGACAACACACACACAUUCAUGUCAUCAGAGGGUUUGGGUGCUUCUUUUACAGUGCUGCUCUGGAGUGCUUGACUUUUACUUCAACCAGAGAAACGUACGAGUUAAAAGACUUCUACGCUGAUAAUUUUAGGGAAAAGUACUUUGGAAUAAUGCUUUUUAUUUAUCUCCUGUAGCAGCAAGUGGAUCAUAUAUCCUGGAUGAGAUCUAAUGCCAUCAAAGGAAAAUGAGCUGGACGUCGUGGGUUCUGUUUGUGGGACUUCUGUGGUUUUAUUUUGCUUCUUUUCCCAUUUCAGCUGGGGAACCGUCUGGACAUAGAAAAUGUUGUAAUCCGACUAAAUGCAACUGUUUCAAAGACUGGCUGAAACCUGAGACGUCACAUGUUGUUGUUCUUGAUAACUUCACUGGCGUCAUCAGUGCAUCAAACUACAAUAAAACCGGAAAUGAUGCAUGUCCACCGGGCACCGCAGACCUUGGUUUGAUCUUUUUCCUGCAGAACAAUCCAACUAAGCAAAACAGGAGUGAAAUUUGGCCUGAAAUAGAUGGAGAUGAACUGCUCAUCUCAAAGAUCCACACCAAGAGGAAGAUUCAUCUGUAUGUCCUAAAAGGGAACUGCGACACCACCGAUUUCUGUCAAAUUUCCAAGAAAGAGUGUGUCUUCAAUCACACUAGUGAAGGACCUUGCCAGAUUAGAUGUGUGGAUACAGGGACCAUAUGUGAAGAGUCUCAUUAUGCUAAAGAAUUAUGCAUGAAGAAGGGUGAAAAGUUCAAAGAAAGGUACUUCAUCAACAUCAGCAAAACAAGCAACAACUGUGGCAACUGCGAUAAUCCAGUGAAAGAGCCGGAGACGGAUAUUCGGCUGAACACCACAAUUGAGAUCAUCAAAGGAGAAGAAAUUGACGCUGCCCAAGCUGCUGAAGUCAUGAACCAGAUGCCCAAAUACGUGAAGUCCUUCAACGGCUCCUCAGCUGCGAUAACGCUUGGAGAGGGCAUCACCGGUGUCAUAGUGAAAGAAGCAGAGCCUCUGGACUUCGCCGAUGUAUCCUUUGCUUAUUCGAUGCCAAGUGACGACAUGAAGAUUAUAGAAGACAAACGCGCUCUGGCUCAAUUUUCAAGAUCUGUUACAGUAUCAAAAGAGGCUUUUCAAAAGGCUUUGGAUAUGAACAUUAGUGUACCGUUUGCAGCUAUUUUACGAUUCUUCAAUCUGACUUCGGAUGAGAACAACAGCACCAUUUUAGGUAAUGAGAUCUUAGCAGUGGAAAUGGGAACCACAAUCGCCAAUCUCACAGACAAAAUGACCAUCUCUUUCCAGAAUGUUUCAUAUGAAGGAUAUCCAUCUUGUCAUUCGUGGAACGGUGAAGGUAAACGACCCAACUGGACUGAGGGCGGGUGUGUCACAAAAACAAAUGGAAGCGACAUAACAUGCGAGUGUUCGCAUUUGACAUUUUUUGCUAUUUUGCUGACUCCUCUUAAUGAAACCAUCUCCGUUUCUGACCUGAACACCCUCACCAUGAUCUCCCAGAUCGGCUGUGGCUUGUCCCUGUUCUUCCUCUGCGUAGUCCUCUUCAUGCACUUCCUCAUGAGGAGGACCAAGGCCAAUAUAGCCACACACAUUCUCAUCCACCUGGUUAUAGCCAUGUCCCUGCUGAACCUCUCUUUCUUGGUCAACAACAUUGUGGCAGAGAUGAAGAACUCUGUGGGUUGUAUCAUCAUGGCGGCUGCCAUGCACUACUCCAUGUUGGCCACUUUCUCUUGGUUUGCUGCACAGGCCUUCCACCUCUGUCUGCAGCUGUAUGUCGGGGGCAGUAUUACAAUCCGCCACUACCUGCUCAAAGUCUCCAUCAUCGGUUGGGUUCUGCCUGCUGUUGUUGUGAGUGCCCUGCUUGGCCUCGACAUGUAUGGUGAACAAGCAAUCAACACUAGUGACAGUGGAGACAGCAGGGCCAUGUGCUGGAUAACAGACAAUAAUGUGCACAUGUAUGUCAACAUCGGCUACUAUGCAGUGGUCUUCCUUGUCACCUUCACCACCUUCAUCAUCAUACUGACCUGGCUCUUUUGUCUCAAGAGAACCAAAUCGGCCAACGCAGAAUCUGGCAAAAAUGGAAAAAAUAUUGUAACCAUCAUGGGUCUGUGUUGCAUGCUGGGGGUCUCUUGGGGUUUUGCUUUCUUUGCCUACGGACCCCUCCGGAUCCCCGCCUACUACAUUUUCACAAUCCUCAAUUCUUUCCAAGGUUUCUUCCUGUUCAUCUACUACUACAACACCAGCCACUCAGGAGAGAUAGUCAGUGCCAGUCACUCUUCCAACGCCACGUCCAUCAGCACUCUUCAUUCCAACAUGAAUCCUUACUCCGAACCACCAGACAAAGUAAAAAAACCUUAG